UCAAUAAUUUACAAUAUUUUUGGUCCCAAUAAAAAAAUACUUAUUGUGUCAAACCCGCAUGUAUAUUUCUAGAAUCAUGACUUUGAUGAUUCCUUUAACUUUCCUACCUUUCUUGAACAAUUCUUUAGUCCACGUUUUGUCUCAAUUUUCUUCACAAAUAUUCCUUUGCAUAUAUUAUUGUUUUCUUUGAACUCCUUGAAGUUUUGAAAAUUCCACUUUCUCCCUUAAACUCUAUCCCCCGACCACCUAAAGGCUGAUAACCGAUGAUGUUUGGUUGGCGUGAAGCGUUAAUUACUGCGAUUUUCGCCGGACUUAUGGUGAUCAUUUUCUUGAUUCUGAUGAUUCGUCGAAAGUCUAAUUUAAGGAGUGUUGCAACACAGCGCCAUGAACAAGAAGUCAGAGGAGUCGAAACAGAGGUUAAAACGACACCGUUACAGACAGAAGAAAACAGCAAGAGAAGGCUAAGUUCUCAUUUCUUCCGCCGUGGUUCGUCUACAAAAUCUUUCUUCAAUUGGGCUGAUCAUCCAGCUUUGAUCACCGACGCUGUCGAGAAUGGAUGGUCACGAUUUGCCUUUAAUAGUCACGUGUCGAGUUCUCCGUCUGUUAGAUCAUCUUUAUUUGGGAGUCUGCGACUUACAGGGGAUUUUUACAGCAGCAGAGAAAAUAGCAGUAGCAGUAUUAAUAACUCGACUAGUAUUAAUGAGGUUGAAGAGAGUUGGGAAAUUGGUUCAGGAUCAGUUGAUUUUAUGCAAAAGUUGUCCUUCAAAAUAAAAGGCUUAAACCAUGGUGGUGGAGCCGUGGCUGCAAGUUUAUCUUCGGUGGCGAAAUCGGUGGGGAGGAUGGCGUUACCUUUGCCAGGGCCACCAAUGGUUCAAUCCUUUCCGCAAGAAGCGUAUUUUGAGAUAAAUGUUUUGAACUCAAAUGAAGAUAAUGUUAAGUUUACUGGUGAAGGUGAAAAAACGAAGCUGCUGUUUCAGCGGAGUUUUUCUUCUACGGCAAGUUCGGGGAUUGGUAAGACGCAGGAAGGGUUGUUUCAUGUGAGUAGUAGCCGAGGGUCUCACUUGUUAGAGGAGUUGAAAAUCGGUGGUGGUUGCCGAAGAGGAGGAGGAGGUGGUGGUGGUGUGAAUAUAUCAAUAGGACUGAGUGUUGGGGGUUUUGUAACGACUAGGAUUCCUGGGAGCUAUCCUGGCUCUAUUGGAUUCAAUUCUGAUGGUUCUGUUUUUCUUGGAGGUAUGUUUCAUUUUUGUCUUGUUUACUUUAUUUAUUUAUUCAUUUAUUACUAUUAUUAUAGCAAAGCCUACCAAAGUGAAGAUAUGAGCUGCAAGCGUGCAACACGAGCCCCAAUGUCUUGCGUCGUCGAGAACCUCUGA